AUGAUGAUCAGAGUUGACGCCUUCCUCGCCGCGUCAUCGAACGGGCUGUCUCACGCUCAGCGCUCGUACCAGAUAACAGCGACGUCCCGGCGACGAGCGCCAUAUUCGACAGUGACCAUGAGGUCCACCACACGGCAGAGCAACGGCAAAGGAGUUCCCCGAGCGCGCGAGGAAGGAAAGAGGAGAACACCUCAAGAGAUCGCAGAGGACGGGCAAUCUUUCUUAUCGCUGGCGAUCGAUGUUGUCUCCAACACAGGCGUCAGAACGGGCGCCAUUCGUUCUUCGCAGGCUGCGAGGGCGACGGCAUCGACGGCCAUCGACGUGGCUCUGAACGUGCUGGGCGGCGUGCGAGAUGGAACCGGGCCUGUCGAAACCCUCAAGAAAAGCCCUCCUUCCGUUCUGCGGAAGCUGUGCGAAAGGAUGGGAGCCACGUAUAUCAAGGUGGGGCAAUUCAUCGCGAGCAGUCCCACGCUCUUCCCCGCCGACUAUGUGAAGGAGUUCCAGAAGUGUUUGGACAAGACGGACAACAUCCCUUGGAGCACGAUGCGGCCAAUCAUCGAGAAAGACCUUGGCAAGCGAAUUACGGAGGUGUUCUCCUCGAUUAACACUGUCCCCCUAGCCUCGGCCUCCAUCGCACAGGUGUACGCCGCUACUUUGAAAACCGGAGAAGAUGUGGUGAUCAAGGUGCAGAAGCCCGGUGUGGCGGAGGUCCUCAAGACUGACCUGGGCUUCAUGUACAUCACGUCGAAGCUUGUCGAGCUGGUUAACCCCAUGUUCGCGAGCCGUCUCAGCGUGUCAGACAUCGUCGGGGAUAUCAGGUCCUCGAUGCUGGAUGAGCUGGAUUUUAAGAAGGAGGCCGCAAACCAGGAAGUGUUUCGUACAUUCCUCAAGGAAAGCGGGAUCGAUCACGAGGUCACCGCUCCCAAAGUCUUUCCGGAGGCUUCCACAGAACGAGUCUUGACAAUGGAGAGAUUGUACGGAGUUCCUCUGACCGACUUGGAGGGGAUCCAGAAGGUGUCCAAGAAUCCGGAAGCCACGCUAAUUUCGGCCCUGAACACAUGGACGCUUUCGGUCAUGAAUUGCGAUUUCUUUCACGCGGACGUUCAUGCGGGUAAUCUGCUGGUUUUGGAGGACGGUCGGGUGGCGUUUAUCGACUUCGGGAUCGUUGGACGGUUCUCUCCGGACACUUGGACAGGGGUUAGCCGCCUCGCAGACGGGGUUGCUGAGGAGGAUUUCAACGUCAUGGCGGAGAAUAGCGUUUUGGCACGUCGCCACGGGAAAGAGGCACCACAGAAAAUUCUUUGGAGCCCGUAA